AUGUCGUCGCAGACAAUGACGGCGCCAGCAGUGGGCCAUCGACCACCCGAUCCAGGCCCCGAUACGCCCAUGUACGACUAUGGCGGCUCUCAGAACGACGCUUCGCCUCCGACCGACUCCAGGAGCGACUCCGCAAUUCGCGACAUGCAUAAUUCUGCCCCAACCUCCAAGGGCUUGUCCGCCACUCCAAUCGGAAUCAAGAUGGAAUCAGUCGAGACCCAGGACCUGGCCGGGUCCGAAAGCCAGAAGCAUAUCAAUACCCAAUCUGCUGCAGGUGCGCUGCUCGCUCAACUCCUCGGGAAUCAAUCUGCGCCGACGAAUUCUGUCCCGAACGGGUUACCAACGAUGGAAACGGGAACGGGGACAGGCACGGGGACAGGCACGGGGACAGGCACGGGGACUGAAGCGGGAAAUCACCAGGAUGUGAAGAUGGGCGACGAGGAUGGUCACGUGGAUCAAAAGAUGGACUUGAACGCCGAUUUCUCGCUCGAUUUCAACCUACAACAAGAUGGACAGGCCUCGGCUUCGGCAGGAAUGCAAAGUAUGUCAAAUGGGGGGAAAUCGACGGAUGAUAUCUUUGCGCAACUCGAUGCGACACCACAGGAUGGAUCUCAUACGGGACAUCGAGGGUCCGACGCCAUGGAUCUUUCCGGUCCCUUGAACAGCUCAAAGUCAGACCUCGAUCAACCACCGUCCUUGCUUCCCGCCUUCGAUUUCGCCAUGGCCCCGAAAAACGCCUUCGAAGCCCUCCAACAGAACGAAAUGCUCACCGCUGCUUAUCUAUCACAGAGUGCCGAUCUGUCCGCCUUGGGUUACCAGGACGGAUCUACCUCGGUGGCCGGGUCAGAGCCUCGAAUCCAGGCCUUUGCGAAGUUAGAAUUUGAUGAUGGUCACUUCUACUGCAACACGUACUCGUUUAUCUUAGGUCGCGAUGUACGGGCCGCGCGCGCCGCGCACCAGCGAGAGUAUCAGUAUCGGCAGGCCGUGCGAAGCUCUCGAGCCAAGAGUUCGAGCGGUGGCAAUACGUCUCAUACCCCUAACCGGAUGAAGCGAGAAGAGAGCGCUGCAAUGAUGGGCAGCGUGGUCAGCGACCGUGGAGGCAUCAUGGGAUUUGAUCCCGACGUUCCUCCGAACCUUUCUGGCAACAACAUGCCUGGUAAAUUGGACAUGAACCGAAGAUCGUCAAAAUCUUCGUUCGAUGGAUCAGUGGUGCCGCUGCACGCCAAUCCGGCACAAUUACAAGCCUCCACCGAUUACAAUGCACUCGCCAUGCAGUCCCUUCAAGAAGGGAAUGGCGAUCCCAAGCCGGUUGAUACGUUGGCUCUCCUCCCAUCUCCCGAUUCUUGUCCGACCAUUCCUAUUCAUCCUCCCUCGACAAUAGACGGAACGGCCGCAGGUCACCGUGGUAUUUCUCGCCGGCAUGUCCGCAUUGCCUAUAACUUUGAUCGCAAUUUGUUCGAAAUGGAAGUCAUGGGUCGCAAUGGAGCUUUUAUCGGUGCUGACUGGCUUUCCCCCGGACAAGUUCGACCAUUGCAUAGCGGUGACUAUAUUCAGAUUGGAGGGGUUCGCAUCCGAUUCUUACUGCCAGAUGUCCCCAUCGGCGAGACAGGCGCGGAUCGCAUGGAGGAGCAACUGGCCGAGGAAGAAGAGGCUGAUCAGGGCUCGGUCGAUGCCGAGCAUGAAAUUGAUGAUACGGACAAGCCUCUCAGUGACAGCGAGAGCAGGGAGCCCUCUUCCAAGGUCACCAAGAUCAUCCUCAAGACCAAGGAUUCUGAUUCCUCCAAGGCCAUGUCUUCUGUCGAGGCCGGCGGGGAGAAUGGCGGACAACCUGCACGUCGCAGGGGUCCUGGUCGUCCCCCCAAGGACGGCAUCAUGUCCAAGCGCGAGAGGGCCGAAUUAGCCAGAGAGCAGAAGAUGGCUGCCAAACGGGAGGCCAACGGCGGUGUCACCCCGCCCCCGCCCGUUCUCCCUCCUAAGCCUACUUCCAGCAAGGCUGGGAAGACUGUCAAAGAAUCGGUUGGUGCCGAAUCUCCACCGUCUUCUGUUAAACCUGCCGAGAAGCGCAAGUAUACCAAAAGGAAGAAGGGCGAUGGCAUGGACUUUCCCCUGCCUUCGACGGAGGGGGGCCAAUUCAACACCGAGCAGCGGCCGGAGGAAUACGUCAAGCCUCCACCAGUCAAAAAACGAAAGCCCUCGCGGUCUCCAUCUCCCAACUAUCCUCCGGAGUCUGCUUAUACUCCUGAGGACUUGGCCAAGCCACCCUACAACUACGCCGUUCUGAUCUUUGAUGCUCUGACGGAAGCUGGGAACCCGAUGACGCUGAAACAGAUUUACCGUGCAUUGAAGUUGAAGUAUCCAUACUUCCGCUUCAAGUGUGAGACUGAAGGAUGGACAUCGAGUGUGCGGCAUAACCUCAACGGCAAUAGUCAUUUGUUCAUGCACGCCGAGCGAGAUGGCAAGGGCUGGUCCUGGCAACUUCGUCCUGGCGCAUCUGUCGAGAAGGAGAAGAAGAGACGUCCGUCUCCUCCACCGCCGCAACCAACCCAAGCAUCAGUGCCACCUCCGCAGCAUUACAUGCCUCCAAUGCCUCACUCGUAUGCGCCCCCGACGGGUGCACCUGCUCCAAUGCAAAAUCAGCACCAGCAUCAGCAUCAGCAUCAGCACUUCCAAUUCCCUUCCAUCCCGCCUUCCAGUUCCUUCUCUGCACCUUCAGCGCCUCCUCCUCAACAACAACAACAACAGCAGCAGCAUACUAGUCCAUAUGCACCUCCUCCUCCUCCGCCUCCCCCUCCAACUUCUACCGCCCCUCCCCCUCCCGCUCCUGCUGCUGUUCCUCCAGUAUCGGCGCCGGUACCUGUUGCAAGUCAACCUCCUGUGCCUGCACCCGUAUCAGUACCAGCGCCGCCAUCAGCUACGCCUGCUCCCGUUUCGGCUCCGGCUCCUCCUGUUCCUGUUCCUGCCCCUGCCCCUGCGCCAGCCCCUGCAUCCUUCCCUAUUCCAAGUGCCCUGCGUGGAAACCUCCCUGCUGCUUUUGCUCGGACCAUACCUGGAACCUAUACCUCUCCAUAUGCCUCCAACCCAGCUCCGCAGGCUCCUCCACAGCAACAGCCACCUCCGCAGAAUUCGCAGCCGCAGCCGCAGCCUAUUCAAGGGCCACCGGGACAGCAGGCACCGCAGCAACAUCAGCAGCAGCAGCAGCAGCAUCAUUCUCCUUACCCCCCACCCCAAAAGGCACCUUCUACCCCACAGCCACACAUCAACUCUCAAACCCAAGCCUAUCCUCCUCCCGCUGCGCCGCAAUAUCAACCUCAGCACCAGCACCCAAUCCAACAACCGGUUCAGAUGCAACACCAACAGCACCAGCAACCCCAGCAUCAACCUCCUCCCCAUCAGCAUGUGCCACCACCGCAUCACCAGGCACAUCAAUCACAUCCUCCACCGCCAGGACCGCAAACUCACCAUCAUCAAGCACCACCGCAACAUCAGCCACAGCACCAGCACCAUUCUGUGCAGUCUGGUCCUCCUCCACCAGUUGCCCCGGAGUCUCCAUCGUUCACUGAGCGCGCCAAUAAGGCCAUUGACGAUUUUGAGAACGUUCUCAUGGAAGAUUACGAGGACAAGAAUUACAUCCGGGAGGUUCUCCGCAGUGCGCGUGCCCGGGUCUUGGGCAAUGCUACGGAGAGCUCGUUCCCUGGUGGCGAACCUAAGGAUGAAGCGGUUAUUAUGGAUGUGUUGCGCAACCUGGUUGGAAGCCUGAAAGAAGAGUAA